AUGGCUGGAAACCUGGCGCUGUGCCAGGGUGAGGUUGUGGAUAUUCGCAAUGCGUCGAUGAACUGGUUGCCCGCAGAAGUCGAAGUGAGUUUGAAUUCAUUUGCGCUUGCUAGGAGUCACUUAUCUACUGGGGUGCAUUUUUCAACGUGGGAGCUCGCUGCCCGGAAGAGUGGAAGCGAGUAUAAUUUCAAUGGCAGCAUAUAUUCGAAAACAUUUACCAAGAUAGUUCUCUAUUCAUCCAAUCCCACUGCGCAGCAACUCGAACGACUCAUCCGCACCCCUGGCGUCGUUUUACUCUUAUCCCUUUAUUGA